CAGCAGUCCUCAGAUGCUCAGAGAGACGGAGACUCUGCUGCUCCUUCAUCCUCCUCCUCCUCCGCUUCCUCCGCUCCCACUGACCCGCGGCCUUCAUCACCUCCGCAACCAUCAUCAUCCUCGGCAGGAGCCCUGACCCUCGCCCCGCCGGGUCGCCAUGGCAACGGUCAUCUGCACUCGAUUCACCGAAGAGUAUCAGCUGUACGAGGAGCUGGGCAAGGGAGCGUUCUCCGUGGUGCGGCGCUGCGUAAAGGUUCUGUCGGGUCAGGAGUACGCCGCUAAGAUCAUCAACACCAAGAAGCUCUCUGCUAGAGAUCAUCAGAAGUUGGACCGUGAAGCUCGAAUCUGUCGACUACUGAAACACCCCAACAUCGUUCGACUACAUGACAGUAUUUCAGAGGAGGCACAUCAUUACCUCAUCUUUGACCUGGUAACGGGUGGAGAGUUAUUCGAAGAUAUUGUAGCCAGAGAAUAUUACAGUGAAGCUGAUGCCAGCCACUGUAUCCAGCAGAUUUUGGAGGCGGUGCUACAUUGUCAUCAGAUGGGCGUGGUGCACCGAGACCUGAAGCCAGAGAACCUGCUUUUGGCUUCCAAGUCGAAAGGAGCGGCGGUGAAACUGGCUGAUUUUGGCCUGGCCAUCGAGGUGGAGGGAGACCAGCAGGCCUGGUUCGGUUUUGCAGGGACUCCUGGGUACCUUUCUCCGGAGGUUCUGAGGAAGGAUCCGUAUGGGAAGGCAGUGGACCUCUGGGCCUGUGGUGUGAUCCUUUACAUCCUAUUGGUCGGUUAUCCUCCAUUCUGGGAUGAAGAUCAGCAUCGUCUCUACCAGCAGAUCAAAGCUGGAGCCUACGACUUUCCUUCUCCAGAGUGGGACACAGUGACUCCUGAAGCCAAAGAUCUCAUUAAUAAGAUGUUGACCAUCAAUCCAGCUAAAAGGAUCACAGCAGCCGAAGCACUAAAACACCCCUGGAUCUCUCAUCGCUCCACCGUAGCGUCCUGUAUGCACAGACAGGAGACAGUCGAGUGUCUGAAGAAGUUUAACGCCAGGAGAAAACUAAAGGGAGCCAUCUUGACCACCAUGUUGGCCACCAGAAAUUUUUCUGGAGGAAAGAGUGGAAGCAACAAGAAGGCCGACGGCGUCAAGGAAUCAUCUGAGAGCACGAACACCACGAUUGAAGACGAAGACACCAGAGUGAGGAAACAGGACAUCAUUAAAGUCACUGAGCAGCUCAUUGAGGCGAUCAGCAACGGAGACUUUGAGAGCUACACUAAGAUGUGUGAUCCGGCUGUGACGGCGUUUGAGCCCGAGGCGUUGGGGAAUCUGGUCGAAGGCCUGGACUUCCACCGUUUCUACUUUGAGAACUUGUGGUCCAAGAACAGCAAGCCGGUCCACACCACCAUCCUGAACCCGCACAUCCACCUGGUGGGCGACGAGGCCGCCUGCAUCGCCUACAUCAGAGUGACGCAGUACAUCGAUGCCAACGGGACGCCUCGCACCGCCCAAUCAGAGGAGACCAGGGUGUGGCAUCGCCGCGACGGCAAGUGGCAGAUCGUCCAUUUCCACCGCUCAGGCUCCGCCUCCACACUCAGCAACUAACUUCCAGAGUGGGCGGGGCUUUGAUGGGGCCGCCGUCGCCUUGACUACAGAUUGAUUGACAGCAGGCCAGGCGUCUGACACCAACCAAUCAGGAUUUUGUUUGAGAAGAUUGACGAGAGCAAAAUAGCGGAGGAGACGACGGACCGGAAACCGCAUCAUCAAUCAAUCAAUCAAUCAAUCAAUCAAUCAAUCAAUCAAUCAAUCAAUCAAUCAAUCAAUCAAUCAAUAAUCAACUCACCAACCCCCUUGUCAGCUCAUUUGAAUGUCAACCACGCCCCCCUCGUGAUCAGCCAAUCAGAUCUUUUGUUGUAGUUUAGCUACACACAUGGUAAUAACGUGUGGAAACCUUGUAUCUCCAGCUUUUCUUCCUCUGCAGGUUCAGGAGGUUUUAACAGGACAAACAUCUGUCGACUCCACAGCAUGAACAUCUGGCCAUCCAGGAGGUGGUUAGCGUAACUUAGCACAAACACUGGAAACGGGGGAAACUGCUAGCCUGAUUUACAUGAUGUGUUUAACUGAAGUAAAAAAACUGAACUCAUUUCAGAUGUUCGGACUCAAAGUCACAUUUAGUUCCUGCUUAACCUUUUAGUUCCAGCAUUAGCUAGCUCAUUAGCUAGCUCGUUAGCUUCACCUACAUCACAUUAAUCAGCUAAAACUGACUUUAACAAUAACAAUAAUAAUAAGUGUGAGCUCUGUUUUCUAGUCUUCUGGGAGAUACAAGGUUUUCAACAUUUCUGUUUUUAUCUGCAGAGUCCAAGAGUCGCAUUGAUCACUAAUAAUAAUCGAUUAUCUCAUGAUCACAACUAGAAGAUGAACCAGAACGAAGUUUUUAUAUGAUGUUUUAAUACUUCCAUUUUUCCAUCUUUAACGGCAGGUUUCAUGUGUGAAUAAUCACCACAAAGACAGAAAUAUAACCGUUCCAAACAGCUAAUUAUUAGGCAGACUUCGUGUUUUAUUCUCACCAGUCGUCAUGAAUCAUUAGCAUCCGGGGAUUACUCUAACUCUAAGACCCUUUUGAAACCCUUUGGUUUAUUAUUUAGGUCUGAGCACCAUGUUAUUAUUAUUAUAUUUUAUUUGUCCGCAGAAAGAAACGCAUUUUUGAGGCCCUAAAAAUACUUGAAAAUGUGUGAAAAUUUGCUCCAAUCUGCCUGAAAAUUUACAAAUGUGAUCAGAGUCUGGCCUUCCUCACAUCCAUUGGCCGAAAUCCACUCUCAGUCACAGCGCCACCUGGUGGACAUGCUUGGAUUCGCCAACCAGCAAGGAUGCGAGGAACCAAUCAACACUACUUGCAGCUUUAAUUAGUCUUUUUCAGUUUUCGUCCGUCUUUUGAAUUGUAAUUUUGGCAGCCUAAAAUACUGGAAAACGUGUGUAAAUUUGCACACACAUCAGGACCAGUGAUAAAUUUGAUAUUUAGGGGAAUUGCACACGUGUGAGCCAAAUGGCUCAAUAGCGCCCCCUGCAAAAUUUCAAACAUUUAUUACGACCAGUAUGUGUGACUUAGACUUAUGAAAUUUGAUACACAUAUUUAACUCAUCAAAAUACACAAAAAUGUAAUUGACACCCAUUCCCAAAACACCACAGGAAGUCGGCCAUUUUGAAUUAUGUGUCAUAUUUUGGACAAUUUUGGACCAAUUUUUGCACGUUUUCAAAAGGUGUCAUGUCAAACAGGGUAAUCCCAACAGAGCUGAAAUUUGGCCAGGAUGUACACCAGGCAUGGGUGUUCUUAUCAAAAUGCUCCACAAAAGUCUGACGGUGUGGAAAUAGCGGCCAGUGGAAUAUUGAUGUUUUGCCAUGAAAAAGGAAGUGCUGCAUGUCUAGCCUGUAGAUGCUGCAAUCUGCCUCAGACUUUACAUGUGUGAUCAGAGUCCGGCCCUCAUCACAUCCAUCAGCCGAAAUACACUCUCAGUCGCAGCGCCACCUGGUGGACGUGCGUGGGAUAGCCAAGCCGCAAGGAUGCGAGGACCCGACCAACGCUACUUGCAGCUUUAAUAUUUAUUUUCUUUUCUUUGGUUUUAACAUUGAAAUCUAAAUCAUUUAUUUAAUCUGGAAUUAUUCUGUGAAAAGCAGUGAACUGAUGAUUUUUAAAAUAGUUUCUGACCUCAGUUCGUCUAGAACUAGACGCUCUAAAUAUAAAAGUUGUCUUCAGAUGUUGUGAUCUUGAGAUGAUUCAGCUUCUCUUGGACUCUUAGAUUCUUUCUCUGUAAUAUUUAAAUUGUACAAGUGAUGAAGUUUGGACGCUCAUCUCUCUGCUUCCAUCGGAGCACCAGAAGCUUCCAUCGCUGUCUGAGAUCUUCCAUGAACCCCCCUACCCUGUUCUAACGAGGAACCUUAAUGAGGAACCUUAACAAGGAACCUUAACGAGCUGUCUGCCUGCACUUCAUUGGAGAAGAAACUUUAUUGUUCAGAGUUUACAGAGAGAUUUGACAGAAGGCAGUUUACUGGAAGAGGAAGAAGUAAAUAAAAAUAAGGGAGCUCAGGAAAAUAGAGGUUGUUUAGUUUUAGAAUCCAAAACAAAUUCAGUCAUUUCAAACUUUAAAUUUAGUAAAACGUGAUAAUUAACAUGUGAAUUCAUUAAACUGACCUGUUUCUGGGGGACGAACAAACUGACUUGAACUUCAGAAUUUUCGCAUUAAAAUGCCAAAAAAAAACUCGAGUGACGCUCAGACAGCCAAUCAGAAUCACCCGUCUGACCAGAGUCUGUCGAGAUAAAGUACGGAGGCCCAGAAGUGACAAUACUCAUGGACAGUUUUUAAUCAAAACAAAAACAUCAUCUGUGUAUCGAUUAAAAUGACCGAAAACAUUUGAAACCAUCUGAACUUUUAAUGCAGAAGCUGUUUUAGAGGUUUGUGUUUUGGCCAGUUUGUCCCCUCCGGGCCUCCGUACCGCUGAUAUCCGGCCUCCUGCUGUGUCAGGGUGUCGGCAGUGUGAAACCUCAUAUCUCCGCCAGGUUUUUGUUAUUGUUGUUGUUUUUCGGAGCCUUAAUGAUCUAAUAACUCAGAAUUUAACCUUCAACAUUAAAGCUGCAUCUUGGAUUGUGAAGUGAAAUAUUAACCUGCUCAGAGUCUCGGUGUUCCUUCAGGAGAUAUGAGGUUUUGUUUGGCUUUCGCUGGACUUCUGCAACUUCUUUUCUUCCUCUUCAGUAUUUAUUUCUGUACAGAUUCUGUGAUUUUACUGCAUGCUGGACUUGACUUAAUGUUUUGUGUUUUUCGGCUGCUUCGCGCUCCAACUCGGACUUGUUAGCAUUGCUAGCGUCCCUCAUUGGGAGCAGUGGUGUCUGCUAGCCGUGAGCUAACAAAACGCCAGCGCCGUGGACUUUGAUAUUCUGCAACUUUUGAGCCGUUGUGUUUGUCUCAGAGGCUUUAAGCAGCUUUUUAUCGUCGGGAGAAUGUAGAACUUUGUACAAUCAGAUUCUUACUAUGACUUGGGAUGUUAUUACUCUGGAUCUAUCGUGUUUGUAAGUGGAAGCUUUGUAACGUUGGAUCGGACUUGCUUGCAUCGUGUGAAUCCACUUUGUGCAUUAUGAGCUUUUUGACUUCUGUUAGUAUGAGAAGUAUUUUAGAGAGUGAACCGCUGAAUGUGUCGCUUCACCGCUGCUUUUAUUUACUCGACAUCUUGGCACCGUUUGGCUUCCCGCUCAACAACACUCAGAGGCCAGGAGGCCGAACAUCGAAUGGCUUUAGCAUUUUAGUACAGAUGUUCUCGUAACCGGGGUCAUUCCAGAACUGGAGGACGUGUUUGACAAUAAACCUUCUCUUCUCCAGGUUUCUGCUCCAUAUUCAUCAAUAAUAGGUAUUGAUUGGCUCAGCUUCCACAUCAAUGGUAGCAUUUUUAUUCCAUGUUUUCUGUGUUGUUUGCUAACCCUACUCUAAUCAUAGUAACAGGGUUGCUAAUCCAUGCUAAUGUUAGCUUUUUCUCAGCAGUAGAAGCUAGAUAUUUAGCUAGCUGUUACUGCUGACCAAGAGGACAAACUGACUGAUGGAAAACAGUCCAAAGAAUUAGUCUGAUCCUGAUAAUAUGAGCUGGAGUGAGUUCUGGUUCCGUUUAAAGUUCCGGUCUUUUGGCCUCCUCGUCUCUGAGCUGCAGCGUCGGGACUCCAGGGGGCGCUGUGAGUGAAUGGCUGUUUUCUACCGUCGAUAAUCCAUGUUUUCUAAACUCACUCUGACCUUCGACGACACUUGAAAGUAUUUAGUGGAAAUCUCUGGGGAAACGUUCCUGUGAAUAUCUGAGAUGUCAUUUUUUAGAACUUUUUUGGUGUUUAUGCUUGAACCAGUAGAUCUAAGACGUUCUACAUCAUGUUUGUUCCUGUGAAGCUCAGCGGCUUCUGUAGCGGACGACGCUAAAGACUCGGCAGGUCGGAAGUUUGUGUUCAGCAGCUUCACCUGCGGCUCUGAGCGCGCUCAGUACAGGAUGCUUUUCUACCAACGGGACGGGAAACAGAAGGACGGACUUCCUGUCGCCUGCAGAAGGAGAUCCUGUUAGCAUAGUUAGCUGCAAACACAAGGAGGACCCGUUAGCAUAGUUAGCUACUAACAUUAGGAGGCUAAUAAUGCUAACAUCAUUGGUCCAGGACGGACUUCCUGUUGCCUGCAGGAGGACAACCAGUUAGCAUAGCUAGCUGCUAACACUAGGAGGCUAAUAAUGCUAACAUCAUUGGUCCAGGACGGACUUCCUGUCACCUGCAGGAGGACAACCAGUUAGCAUAGCUAGCUGCUAACACUAGGAGGACUUGUUAGCCUAGUUAUCUGCUAACGCUAGGAGGCUAAUAAUGCUAAUAUCAUUUGUCCAGGAUGGACUUCCUGUUGCCUGCAGGAGGAGAACAUGUUAGCAUCGUUAGCUUCUACCACUAGGAGGACCUGUUAGCAUAGCUAGCUGCUAACACCAGGAGAAUUUGUUAGCAUAGUUAACUGCUAACACUAGGAGAACCCGCUAGCAUAGCUAGCUGCUAACACUAGGAGGACCCGUUAGCAUAGCUAGCUGCUAACACUAGGAGGCUAACAUGCUGUUUCCCGUCCAGCCGCUCUGCAGAACCAAUAAUCAGCGAUCAAUAAUCGAUACGGGGCUUUUCUACUCUGCUGUGGUGUUUCUGCUGCAUGCUCGGUGUGGAAAUGUGAGCGAGAGAGAGGCUUUCUAACGUCUUCUUUUGGACUGUUCAGUCGUUUUAAUCUUCUUCUUCUUCGUGUUCAAAGUGUUUCUGUAAAUAAACUGAGGUGGUCAAAUGCU